ACUGUGUUGGACGCGACUGAGGUUUGAGAGAGUCGAGCGAGAAAGAAAACUAAUCCGGUAUCCCGAAAGCCGAGCUUGAGCUCCGCAUCACGUGCUGAUUACAUAGCUUGCGCCAUUUCAAUGACAGAGCUCGAGAUGCAGAUGUGCCUGGGGUCUCCCACUUUCAAGCUUUGCGAAGUGUCAGCUUUAACCAACAUAGGCAGGUCGAAGGUGGAUCAGAUCUCUUUGAUGAACCUUGGAAUCCAUGCAUUAAGUUGUCGUUAUCCAACGGAUAAUCCGUUCCAAGUGCGGACAUCUUAAUCACCGAGAAGAUGGAUGAACGAACGCCCCUCAUUACCACAGUUCGCGUUGCCUCGCCGCGCCAAAGAUAUACCCAUAGCAUUGUUCGACGAUUUUGCACUGUUGCUCUUGGAAGCUCUUUGAUUGCUCUGGUAGUUGUGUUCCUACUUCCAGUUGCUUUCCUUCCACGCCAUCGCCAUCGAAGACCCCACCAACCCCACGACAGCGCAAUCACAUACAGCGAGCUGCAGACAAUAUUGUUAGAGACACCAAAGGAAGAGAAGGCACAAGAAUGGAGUAAAUACUACACAGCUGGACCUCAUCUUGCUGGGAAGAACUACAGUCAGGCUCUCUGGACCCAAGAAAGGUGGGAGGAGUUUGGAAUAAAGGCGGAUAUCGUUGCAUAUGAUGUAUAUAUCAACUACCCUCUCGGCCACCGACUUGCAUUGUACGAGAAAAAGAAGACCAAGGGCGAGGUAGAGUCAUGGAAGGUCAAAUUCGAAGCUAGUUUGGAGGAGGAUGUUCUCGAAGAAGAUCCCACUACUGGUCUGGACAAUCGAGUCCCAACAUUCCAUGGAUAUUCUGCCAGUGGGAAUGUUACGGGUUCAUACGUAUAUGUCAACUAUGGAACAUAUCAGGAUUUUGAAGAUUUGAUCAAGGCAAAUAUCAGCUUGACAGGCAAGAUUGCAAUUGCCAAGUAUGGAGGGAUCUUCCGUGGUCUUAAAGUCAAGCGUGCACAAGAUUUGGGAAUGAUUGGUUGUGUUAUUUUCACCGAUCCUGGUGAUGAUGGACUUGUUACAGAUGAAGAUGGAGUUGAUUUGUAUCCUGACGGACCAGGAAGAAAUCCAAGCAGCGUUCAAAGAGGAAGCACUCAAUUCUUGAGUGUUGCUCCUGGCGACCCUACCACCCCUGGAUAUCCAUCGAAACCUGGAGUCCCACGUGAACCAGUUGACGGUGCAAUCCCGUCUAUUCCCUCUAUUCCGAUAUCUUAUGUGGAUGCUAUUCCAAUUCUCAAGGCUAUGAAUGGCCACGGACCCUCUGCCAAAGACUUUAACAAGUACUGGCAGAAGAAUCUUGGUCUUGGUUAUAAGGGAGUGAAGUACAAUGUUGGUCCGUCUCCAGAUGAUCUCGUCUUGAAUUUGGUCAACGAGCAAGAAUAUGUUACCACCCCUUUAUGGAACGUCAUUGGUGUUAUCAACGGUACACUUCCAGAUGAAGUCAUUGUAAUUGGAAAUCACAGAGAUGCUUGGAUUGCUGGUGGCGCUGGAGAUCCAAACUCUGGUUCGGCGGCUCUCAACGAAGUCAUCAGAUCAUUUGGAGUUGCUAUUGCCAAAGGAUGGAAGCCACUUCGCACCAUUGUCUUUGCAUCAUGGGACGGUGAGGAGUAUGGUUUGAUUGGAAGCACAGAAUGGGUGGAAGAAUUCCUCCCUUGGCUCAACCAUGCAAAUGUGGCCUACGUCAAUGUUGAUGUUGCUACUACAGGCCAAGUCUUUGCCGCAUCUGCAUCACCACUAUUAAACAAAGUGUUGUACGAGGUCACAUCGCUCGUCCAGUCCCCAAAUCAAACAGUCAAAGGACAGACUGUUGCUGAUGUUUGGGAUGGCAAGAUCAAGACCAUGGGUAGUGGUUCCGAUUUCACAGCAUUCCAGGAUUUUGCCGGUAUCCCUUCAGUUGAUUUCGGAUUCUCGGCGGAUGUCAAUGAUAAGAAGGCUGGAGCUGUUUAUCAUUAUCAUUCGAAUUACGAUUCAUACCACUGGAUGAAUACCUAUGGUGAUCCAGGAUUUCAUUAUCAUAUUGCCAUUGCCAAGAUCUUUGGUUUGUUUACUGCCAGACUUGCCGAAUCGCCUGUCAUUCCUCUCAAUGCAACAGACUAUGCCAUCGCUCUUGAUGGGUACAUUUCCAACGUCGAAUCCAAGGUCGAUUCGGCGAUCAUCGGCGUACAGUCCGAGGAGGAAGAGAUGGAAGCUCGUGCUCGCCCAACACCGGCAGCUCCCAAAGGAGAUCUAUCUGACCUGAAGCUCUCCUUCAAAAAACUCCACAAAGCAGCUCUCAAACUCAAAGAUGCCGCUCAAGCUCAUGACAGCUGGGCUGCGGAACUGGCUGAAGAGGCAGGGGAGAACAUCCCCUGGUGGAAGUGGUAUAGCAAGAUCAAGUUGUAUUAUCAAAUACGUCGUGUGAAUGACAAGUACAAGUAUCUCGAGAGACAGUUCUUGUAUAAGGAGGGAUUGGAUGGACGACCGUGGUUCAAGCAUGUUGUUUAUGCCCCUGGAUUGUGGACUGGAUAUGCGGGGGCUGUGUUCCCUGGUCUGGUUGAGUCUAUUGAUGAUAAGGACUAUGGGCUUGCCCAGAAGUGGGUGGGUAUCAUUGAGGGGACUUUGGAGAAGGCUUCUGGUAGCCUGGAGUGAGGGGUGGGCUUAUAUUGCAAAAGUUGGAUAUCACUUGGCUAUACACGCCUCAAUUGAAUUUAAAGUUUUGGAAUAGAAGUAUGCAUUGCUGGGUCAGUGGUGAGGUGGUGAUAUAACGUGCUAAGUGAGAGAGCUAGCUUACAUGGUCAUCUUAGGCUUCUUGGUAGGUGGCUCAGCGGGGUUGGAUGCGGCCAUCUUGAUUGAGCUGUGGAGAGGGGUAGGUGGCUUCUUGGAUUUGGUGUUGGUUCAAUCAAGGAGUUGAGUGCUUCCUUUUGUAGGAACUGAAAUUAAUGGGUAUAUGCUAGUCAGAACUUCUUGCGAAUUCGAAGAAGUGAAUGCCAGCAUGAGAGAUGAGUUUGUUUAUACUGAAAGGAUAUCACCUUAUUUUCAGUGGGUAUACACAGUGGCUAACGUAAUAGAAAUUUACGGGACAUAUCAAUUGCUAUUGGGUCUCGGUAAUUGGGUUCAUUCAUGCAGUAUGGCAUUGAUGUGCUUGAAGACUGAAGUCCUGAAGAGUUCAGCAUGAGGUUCAGA